AUUUCAAGCAAAAAUGGACGCGGAACUAAGGACAGAUAAAGAACAUCAAAACUUUGUUUCCAUUUAUCGAGGUUUUGCAUAUGUUGGUGAAAAAUUGGAGAGUUACACAAAAGAGGGACUGGAUAGGACGUAUCAAAACAUUUACAAGACAUUGGCGGGUUAUCCUCCAUGCAGACAGAACUGCAGCAGAAAGUAUAAAUGUCAGUAUGGAAAAUGGUGCAGAACAUGCAAUGGCUGGCGAAAUCAUCUACUUAAAACUAGGAAAUCACGAAAUGUACCUUGGGAGCUAACUCAUUCGUGGGAAUGGCCUCGCUCUUAUUCAAAUAUUAUUGAAGUUUAUCUUCCAGCCUCAUGGCAAACCGAUGACAAGGACAUAAAGGACGUGUCCACUGCAUGUUUUAUUUGGGAAAAUUGUUUAAACCAGUAUAUAAUAAAACCGUUCAUAAUAAAGAAUAUCCGAAAGUUCAGAAAUCAGUAUUUUGCCCACAACACAUCACUGAAAGCAACUGAUUCCGAAAAAGGCAAAGUGUUUGAUGUUUUAAAGGAUCUGUUAAAAGAACAACAUGUGCAAAGCCAUAUUGAUGUACAGGAAUGCCUCAACCAUCUUUUUGAUAUUGAGCAGGGAUACCAGAUUGAAAAAUGGAUGGUUGCAGUUCAAGACUUAAUUGAGCAACAUGGGUUCAAAUUGAAUAAACUUGAAGACAUUGCAACAGAUAUAAAACAGCAGCAUCACAUCCUAGGAGACAUUCAGAACGGCCAGGACUUCUUAAUUGAAGGGCAAGAGAAUUUACGAAGAGAAGUUGAAAAUAUUCAGACAGAUUUAACAUUAUUCAGGAGAGAUUUUAAUAAGUUAUUUAAAGACAAUGAUUCAAUUUUCUUGAAAUUGUUUUCAUGGGCAAAUAGAUGCAUCCCAAAAACACAGAUAAUAUUAGUUAUCUCAGUUUUUCUAUUAAUAGUCUUUUUUUCUACGCUAUGGAUGUUUGUUUUCAAACAUUUUGUGUACGAAACAGAAAAGGACAAAUAUCAUGAUGAUCGAGCAUGCAUGUCUGAACAAUACAGUGUACCGUUUCCUCAAGAUCUUCCACUCCUGGGGUAUUUGAAUGAGCAUAAGACACUUGUUGGUCGCCAAUGGCUAAUGGAAAGUUUACAAUACGAUCUGUUCAAUUCCAACAGUAAAAACCAUGGUAUUGUACUUGUUGCCGAAAUGGGUUACGGUAAAUCUGCAUUUGUUUCAAAACUAUUAUGUCCGGGACCGAUGAAGUUUGCCAAUGAUAUUAAUAAACACAUUGUUGCUUUUCAUGUAUGCAAAUUUGAUGUACAAAGCACUCAUUUGUUAGAGCGAUUAAUACGCAGACUUGUUGGUUUCUUCGCAAAAAAAAGUGCAGAAUAUGGUAACAUAGUAUCAAUGUUUCCCGAGAGUCACAUUUUGUUUAACAGAGAUAGUUGUAACAAAGAACCCGAAGCUUGCUUUGACCAAGGCGUAACUAUACCAUUAAAACAGUUAACUAGUGUCUCAGAUUCACCAUGGGUUAUAGUUGUAGAUGCCAUUGACGAGUGUGGGCGAUCUGGAAAUAAUCCAGUUUUAAACCUUUUGUCAGACAGAAUUAGACAGCUUCCAAAAUGGCUCAAGUUUCUUAUUACUUCCAGACAUGUCUCACAACUAACAAUGCUAAAAAAAAUGAAGCUUGAUUAUCUGUACUCAAAUGACCCAAGAAAUAUAGAGGACAUAAAGACUUUUAUUGAAAAAUCAUUUCCAAAACAUACUCACAGAGAUAUGAUAAACAAUCUUGUUUAUAAAAGUGAAGGAAAUUUUGUAUAUAUCAUCCAAGCAUUAAAAUGGGUUAUCGAUAACAAAGACAAUGAAACCGUCCCUGACUUUCCUACAGAUCUAGGCGAUGUUUAUGACAUCAAUUUUGGUAGACAGUUUGGUGGUACAUCUUUUAGGAUUCCAAAAUUAAUAUUUGAGAUUAUUUGUUCCACGUUGAAUCCUGUUUCAAAAUCAGAAAUUUUUGCCAUUCUAAAAUCUUCAAACAUUUCAUUGACAAAAGACGAGUUUGACCUGUAUUUUAAGUCCUUAAGCUUCUUCCUAAGAGAAGGUGAAGAUGUUGGCAUAUCUCACCAAGCUUUAUAUUUUUGGCUUAUUGAUAAACGUAAUGAAAAUUAUCAAAUUUCACUUAAGAAUGGCCAUACUCUUAUAUCUAAAUAUUUGUUUAGUAAAAUAGCUGACAAUUAUACGAAGAAUAUUGUUGAUUUGGCAAUUCAUGUUGCAAACUCUGCUGAUAUUUCUUUAAGAAAAAUGUUUCUCUCAUCAACCUUUUUGAUAAGUAACGAGGUACAAAAGGAGCCUAUUUUGCAUAAGUUGAUUUGGAAAACGCCAUGUGUUGAGGCACUAGAGUUAUUGACAAAUCAUUUCCCUGAUGUAAAUGCUUUUAACGAAGGAAAUGUUACACCGUCAUUUGUGGCAGCAGCGAAAGGACAUACUGACCAGAUAAAUCUUUUACACAACAAAGGUGCAAAUCUUAAUUUUAUUGUUAAAGGUCAAAUGUUGAUAAAUUCUUAUGAGGUAUUCAACAAGUUAGAAAUGAUAAAAUUGUAUUAUUAUUCAGGAUAUAGUUUAUUGCAUAUUGCAUCACAACAUGGACAUCAUUCAACCGUAAAGUAUAUUUUAGCAUUUAACCAUUCUUUGGUUUAUGUAAGAAAUACUUUGGGGUUGAAUGCUGGUCACGUUGCAUGUGAGAAUGGACAUUUAAAUGUGGUCAAAGAAAUGACAUCCCUUCAUACCAAAACAUUCUUCUAUGAAUGUAUGUAUUAUGCGUCUAAACGAAAUCAUAAACAUAUUGCAGCAUGGCUUGUGUCAAAUGGAUUUACGUUUGACUGUAUUUCCGACCAGAUGUCCAUUGAAGCUUUCCAAAACGUAACCAAGUUUGAUCAUUUCCAUUUAAUUGAGCAUGGUUUUGCUACUUUUCCGAACGAUUCUUUAAAUUUACACCUUAUCGUCCCAUUAGAUGUUUGGUGGAUUAUUUUUAAACAUAAUCCACUCAUAACAGCAAUCAAAACUGGUUCAAUGGAUGUAGCUAUAUAUUUACUAAAUACUUUUUAUAAAGCACGCAAAUGUUAUGAUGCAUUUGGAUAUACCGCGGCACUAACAAGUGUUCGCUUUAACCGUACCGAACUUUACCCACUAUUAAACAAAGAAAUAGCAUCAGACAAAUGUGGAAAAAUUCCAAACCAUCUAAAACUAAAAACAGAGGAGCCAAUGCAUGCUUUAAUAGAUACUUUCUUAUCAGACAAAUGUCCUGAAAAUGGAUCAGUAUCACAUGUUGUAGCUUUAUAUGCUCCAGAUGACCAAAUUUAUUCUCAUGUUAUUAGGAAUAGGCUCGAUGUGAACUGGAACCACUCUGAUAGCUUUGGAAAUUAUCCAAUUCAUUACGCUGUUGCUAACCGAAAUUUUCUUUUUAUUUAUUUGUUUGAAAAAGUAACACUUUUAUCAAAAAGUAAACAUUUUUCAUUGCUAGAUAUAUUGACUUUAAAUGGCUCAACUGCUUUUCACACAUCUGCCAUUUCUGACCAAUAUUUAAUCAUGUUUUUACUAACUGAUUCUUUUGAGAAGCCAGUUCCGGACAUAAAAGACUACAACGGACGUGGGAUAAUGCAUUAUUUAGUCUUAAAAGAGUUUGAUGGUGUUGUUAGCAGUCCGGAAAUGGAAUCGCAUAAGCAAUCAUUACAUACUCUCCGCUAUUUGCUGGAGAUAUCAAACCAUUCUCUUUCGACACGUGACAGUUUUGGUAGAAACAUAUUACACUACAGUAUGAAAAACGGGCAUUACCAUGUAGUUUUAUACUUGCUUCAAUAUCAGAAGACAAUCUUUUACUCAAUGUUAACAGAUAUAGAUAACGAAAGAACUAAUCCAUUUGACUUUGCUCUGAAGAAGUACGAAAGAAAGAAUUUCGUCAUAGUGUUACCAAAACAUGCUAUGUUUUCUGACAUAUACUUAAGUUCCGCAAAUAUCAAAGCGAAUGACUUCCCAAACAUUAUGUCAUCAUGGGAGCUUACAAUGCAAUAUGUUAUAUCGAUAUUCUCUGCCGAACAAUACCAUCUCUUCGUUGAGCCAAAUUUGAAGUUUAUAAUGGAGAAAAGUCCGUAUCUUCUGACUACUGUAUUGGUAUAUCAUAAAAAUGUAAAAUUGAAAAGAUUACAACGUCUGCUAGUUGAAAGUCACGUCAAUCCUCUUACAGCUUAUAUGCAUUUUGUCGUUGCUCGCCAUAAACCGUUAGCAUUUAUUUCAUGUAACCAACCACUAUCCUUAUCACCUUUGCACUUUGUAUUACUUACACACGAUUAUCACGUUUCAGUUUUUAAUUUACGUUUACAUGAUGUCGACUAUCAUAAUUUCCUUUACAUGAUUUUCAAAGAAAAUAAAAAAUCUAAUGCGUUUAAAUGUCCCGAUGUAAAUGGAUUUAACAUAUUUCACUAUUCUUUAAUCGGUGGUAAUUUUCAAUCGGCCAGAAUCCUCAUGAGAGAAAAUAUAACCAUAACAAAUAAAUACGUAUCUUUAAAAGACGUUUUCUUGAUGACUAUGCAAGCUCGUUUAAAAAGCGACCAACGAAAUUAUAUCAAAUGUAAUGAGCAACCGUCCGAGCAAUCGCAGGAAAAAUGUUCAGAUAAGUUUCUUCUAGAAUUGUUUAAUUUGAAAAAGAGAUCGUUUAAUUAUAACUUUUUUUGUGAUAAUAAAACAAUGGAAUUAUCUCUUGUGCAUUUGUUUGCAAUAAAUGGAAUGUCUCUAACUAUAGCAGCUGUUGCAGAAAUGUUUGGGAAGGAAAUAUUGACUUGUCAAAAUAGUGACCGAUUUACUCCCUUGUAUUUUGCAAAACUCUUUCAACAAGAAGACAUUGUGUCUUUGGUUGGUGAUCAUUACGGUUUAACGCUUCCAAUUGUCCAAGCAGAAGAAUGGUUAAUUUGGUCUAUGUUGACCAUGUUUACACAAACAAAUAUUUCCGAACGGUUAUUUCCUUUCUCAAAUUCGUUGGUCUGUCCACACUAUUCUACCAGGCAUUUAUUGAAAGAUUCAGUUUUGGUUCACAAUUUUUUUAAGGAUUUAUCACUAAUGGGUGUCCCAAAUUAUUCCCACAUUUGUGAUAAGGUCUUAGGUAAGUUGUUAUCGUCAGAUAUACCGGAUAUUGUAUCUUUCAUAAAUCUUUUCGAAUUAUUAUAUUUGAACAAUGAAUCGAUUUCAUGUAAUUCGCGAGUAGUUGCACUUAUGCAACAACACAAAAUGUUUCAAACUACAAUAAUAGAUUUCAUAUCUUUUCAACAUAUAAACGGAUGUCACGUUACUAAAAAACUUUUGAAACCAUUUCUUGCUAAAUGCUAUCAAGUAAAUAAUUUAUUUACAAAGAUGAAAACUAGAAUAUUCAAUGAUUGUGAAAACACAUCUAGUUUCAUUUUGGAGGGAGUGAUAACCUAUCAAUUGGUAGUUUCAGCAAGGCAGUUAUGCUUUAAACUACAACGAUUGUAUAAAAGUGUAGCUAUAUCUUUUUUUUUACAGUACGGAAAAACAUUUAAAAUUCGACUGCCAGAAUCAUACGAGUUUAUGCAAUUUAGAAGGACAGCGCUUAAAUUCAAUGUUCACGAAAAAUUUAGUGGGUUAUCAAAACUUCAACCACUUGUUGCCAUGAAUUACACUUCUUUACAUAGGCAUAGAUAUCUAAACAUAGUAAAGUCAACAAUCGCUUAUAAAUAUUUGAAACCUCAUAUUGUUGUAGACAUAUUCAGUGUAAGAAAGUUGCUUGACCAGUCUAAGAAUGAAGUUGAUGUUAUUAAAAAUUUCCUAUUGAAAGAACCUUUUAAAGAUUUAGGAUAGAUAUAUCAAUAUGAUUAUAUACACUAAUCAGUUAAAACAGGACAAAAUUUAGUGCCUUUUGGGUCGUUUUAAGCAGUAAUUAUUUUCUUAUUGAUCUUAAUAUAUCUAUGUCAACGCACUUUGUUCUGCAACAUUAUUAUUUUAAGAUAAUCGAUAUUCUGUGCAUGAAAUAAGUGACAAUGUUGUUAAUUUGUAAAUAUUUACUUUAUGAUAUUUUAUCAGAGUUGUUGUAUACAUGUAGUUGUAUCAUAGCCGUUUUCUUCUUUUCAGGAUUUUUUUUUCAAAUUUAAUUGUUCACUUCAUGUCAUUUUAUCUUGAUCGAUGCAUCCAUGGUGAUGUACAUACACUAUUGAAAUUAUUUCGCCUCUGAUGUACAUGUUUUAUUUGUAUGGUAUUAUGAUCAUGAACCGCAAUGAUUGAUUGAUUGAUUGAUUGAUUGAUUAAUUGAUUGAUUGAUUGAUUGAAUUUAAAUUUAAACUCUUUAGUAUAUAUAACAAACAAUUGUAUAAUAUGAAAAUGAAAUGUAUUUAUAGAACAUUAUCACAGUAUUAUAUUUUAUUUUGUAUUACGUGUACUAUUGGAUUCAUUGAAUUGUUAUGUAUGAACUUGUUAUAUUGUAAAUAAAUAAUUGA